AUGUUCUGUCCGAGAGAUCUCAGUGUUUUUCUCUCUUGUGUGGUCCUCCUCAUUGUCCAGUCCAGUCAAGGUGCUGAGAUUAUUGGAGGGAAAGAAGUGACGCCUCACUCGCUGCCUUUCAUGGCUCUGCUGGAGAGCAAGAUACCAAGCUGUGGAGGGAUACUGAUCGAUCCACAAUGGGUCCUGACUGCUGCCCACUGCGCUGAUAUCACAAGGGUGUGGCUCGGGGUGCACUCCAUAAAAUCCAAAGAAAAGGAGAAGGGUUCGAGGCAGAUCCUAGAGGUGGAGAUUCGUGUUCCUCAUCCCAGCUAUGAUAAGACAAAGAAAGUCAAUGACCUCAUGUUGCUCAAGCUCAGCAAAUCGGCAAAGCAGACCAAAACGGUGAAAUGUCUUGAUUUGGGUAAAACUGUCAAAGACCCAACAGCUGGCUCCGUCUGUAUGGUGGCUGGAUGGGGGAAAACAGACAACAAUGUCAAUAAAAUGUCUGAUGUCCUGAUGUCUGUCAAUGUGACUGUGGUCGACAGAGUGAAGUGCGGUGAAUAUUACAACAAAAAGCCUGUCAUCACUAAGGACAUGAUAUGUGCUGGUUCAGAUGGUAAAAACAAUGCUGAUACCUGUAACGGUGAUUCAGGUGGACCGCUGUUGUGCAAUGGAGCGCUAGUCGGAGUCACUUCUUUUGGACCUAAGGCAUGUGGCCAAAUUAAAAUGCCUGGAGUUUACGCUUUUCUUUCACAAAAUCAACUCGACUGGAUCAAAAAGACAAUGAAGAAGUCUGAAAUAUAAUGAGCUCUUCCUGUUAAUGAUUCUCGACCAUGUUAAUAGCUUCUAUUUCUAUUCAAUUUUUUUUGUGCGACAUUCAUUUUAUCCUAGUUAGAUGUACUGUAAAGGAAUUUAUAUUAUAGGUCAAUUGUUUCAACAUUUCUUGUCUGACAUACUCUUACAGCCCAAUCAGAUGGGCUCAGGUACCCCUACAUUGUACCCCUUUGAUUGAUGGGA